ACAGAUUAAUGUCGUUAGCAGCCUGUUGCGACGUUGCAUGUUCUAUAGAUCUAAACAAUGUGUUCCUCCGGAAGAAAAGAUACUCCUAAGAAAAAUAGCUGAAUGUUAGCUGUUUGAGGGGGUUAGUUAUUAAAACAGAUUUUUUGGGGUCUCAUUUUGUGAUAUUUUAGGUCAAAAUGUGCAACGGUUGUGUGCAUAAAGAGUACCCGGACCGGGGUAACAUCUGUCUGGAGAACGGCUCGUACCUGAUGAACUACCUGGGCUGUGCGAACUGCCACCAGAGAGACUUCGUGCUGAUCAGCAACAAGGCCACCGAGGACGACGAUGAUGAGGAGGAAAUAGUCACAUAUGACCAUGUUUGCAAAAACUGUGACCACGUCGUCGCCAGACACGAGUACACUUUCUCUGUCGUAGACGAGUACCAGGAGUACACUAUGCUCUGCAUGCUGUGUGGGAAGGCAGAGGACUCCAUCAGCGUGUUACCGGACGACCCGAGACAGUCUGCACCUCUCUUCUGAAACCUCCAGACACAAGUUGUUUUAUUUCUUAAUUAAUCAGCAACAUGCACGUGACACUGGCUGCCUGUUAAAGGCUCCACUCGCCCCUUCAAAGCGUUAGGCCUCCAUGUGAGGCGUUGUUGAUUGCUUUUAAAUAGCAUUGAAAUGCUUGUUUAUCUUAACAGCUGAGCAGGACAGUACAUUUUUUUCUUUAUUUUUUUAAAACUUUUUAAUGGGGAAAAAAUCUCUGCAUUUUAAUUGACUGUAAACAGAGAUUUUUGUACUGUUGCUUCUUUUGCAUCAGAUUUGAUGCAAAGUCAAAAGAUGUGCUGCUGCUUACUCUUUUAUCACGGGCCCGGAUUAAAUCCAGAUUAAAUCACCUAA